AAAUAUCACGACCAAGUAUCAGUCUGUGUAAUUCGUGAUAUUCAAUGUUAAUUUAUUCUAAAAUCAAUUUACAGUAAUACAAUAUAUAUGAAUUAGUAGCAAUAUUUGCGAUUAUUUCGCGUGUACAGCCAGCGGUGCAGUCCAGACCCUCCUGUAUGAUUAUUCUAUGUAUCUCUGUAUAAAUGGAGCGGAGGCUCUGUAGUCGAAAUCAGUUCGCGAACGCGCGUACCGUUGAAUAGAGACGGCUGUUGGGCAGUGGUUUUAUAAAUAUAAAGAAAAAUGCGCAGGCUUAUUGUGUCAAUAGUAACAUUUGUAGUCGCGUGGGGCGAAGACACCACUGUGGGGCGAGUUGUGGAACCGAGCAACAGCGUGGUCCCUGACGGUCUGGCCGACACAGAUUUGCUGCUAGCUUUUGUGGUAUUCCGGCAUGGCGAUAGAACGCCAGAUUUGGAAGAGCUGGACCUUUAUUCACACGACGCAAACAAUAAGGAUGUAUUUUUCCCAUAUGGAAUGAAAGCCUUGACGAAUAAAGGGAAACAACGCGGCUAUCUUGUAGGGGAAUAUAUACGAAGACGUUACGACGAACUAAUUUCCCGGCUGUACCUUCCUGAUGAGAUCAAAGUUCGCACGACAGAGUACGCUCGAACAAAGAUGACUGCGCUGACUGCACUGGCGGCUAUGUACCCGCCUUUACCAGCACAGAAGUGGAACCCAGGGCUGGAAUGGCAACCUAUACCAUUCGAUACGUUAGGUGCAUCAGUAGAUGAUCUGUUAUAUUGGUACUACUGUCCACGAUACCUUUGGCUAAGAAACCAAGUUUAUAGUUUUCCGGAAGUGAAGAAAUGGCUGAAGCCUUAUCAGAACUUAUUUACCUAUCUGACAGAAAAAGCAGGAAAAAAUAUCACUACGCCAGAGGACGUUUUCUUUUUAGAUAAUCUGUUUCAAGCUUUGGAAAAUGUAGGUAUAAAAUCUCCGAAGUGGGCACAGGAAGUGAUGCCACAAAUAAAAGAAAUUACUAAAAUUGAAUACGCCAUAGAAUUUUACAACGCCGAACUGAUAAAAUUAGCUACAGGAGUACUUAUGAAUGAAAUAUUGAAUGCAACGAAUGCAGCAAUCGCAGGCGACAUGGAGCAAUAUAAAUUACGUUUGUACUCUGGUCACGAAAACAAUGUUGCUGCGCUAAUGGCUGCAGUCAACGUGUUCACGCCCCACCAACCUAAUUAUGGCGCCACCUUUUCACUAGAGCUGAGGAAGCAUCGGUCAACAGGACAAUAUGGGUUUGCGGCUGUAUACGCUAAAGACGCUGGUGGUCCUGGAACAAUACUACCAAUAUCUGGCUGCAGUGGUUCACCAUUUUGUGAUUAUGAAACCUUUCUCAAUAUCACAUCAGAUGUCGUGUGGAGUUUCAAGGAAUAUGAAACACAGUGUACCAUAUUAGUACAGUGAGUUUCUCUGUCAGAAGUAAACACCGAACAUUUUUUAUAAAAAUGUGUGAUUUAGAUAAUAGUAACGAAUCAAGUGGCUGUGACAUUAGUUAAAAAUGUUCGCUUUGUUUAUUAAAUUAUAUUUACUUUAACAAA